UGUUGAUCUCCGCCGUGCGGCCGUUGAUCAGAUUACCGUCUGUCAGAAACUCCGCUCAGCUGCGGCCAGAUUGAUGGAGAUCCACAACUGGUGACAGCGGUAUCGUUUGUGAUUUUACACCGUCUAUGAUCCAGAACCGGAGAGGGAUGUCUGCACCGGGCUACACAAAUCCUAACCCGUCCGUGCAUAAUUACCGCACGAGCUCGACACAAAACGGAGGCGGAGCGGCGACGGUGCCCUGUCAGAACGGUCCAGGACAGACGUACCCUGCUAUGCAUCCAUCAUCUAGCUACUACAGUUCUGCGCCACCACAGGCUUACCCCACUAUGACGGGACACGGCGCUCCUCUGACUGGUAAAGUCCCAGUUAGUAGCACAGACUAUUCUUCAAACUACUACCAGAACAGCUCGGGUACGUCUCCAUACCCUGCGACGCCAGGAACGAAUUCCCCUGCCCAUCAUUAUUCCACCUCCAACGCCCCUGCGUCCAGUGCACCUUUCCAACAGCCUGUACAGUCAUUCCAGCAAGCCAUGUCAUACGCAAUGCCAGCCGGAUACUAUGGACAGCAGUACAGUCACCCCUCACCAGGGCAAACCCAACUUCCCCAGCAGCAGCCCAGCUUGGUACCAGCAUCCAGCGGAAACAACCUCGGGGCCCCGUUGUACCCUAUCGUGUCUUAUCCAUCAGCCCCUGGGAACAAUCAGUACGGAACGCUGAGAUCCUCUCAAACUGCUCCAGGGCAACUACCGGUUUCUACUGUAAUGCCUCCACCACAUUCCCAGAGUUCUUUGCAACAGUACACUCAAGGGAACGGGGUCGAGGCCACACCCACACCAGCUCAUCCAGGCUACGGAGCCCCACCAUUCAGCCAAACUGCUACUGUCAAUGGCCAAUCGAAUUCAGUUCAGCCACACUAUGACCAAAAACUCCAAAAUCCUGUGAGCCAUCAUUUUGCCGGGGCCCAUCCCAGCUCAGAGGCACCUAAUAGAGAGAGGCCGCCUUCAGGAACCCCUGGCACAUCUGUGCAUUCUUCACCACAGCACCAUCCAGGUCUCCUGUACGGUGACCGCCGGCUCAAUAACGCUGUUAGCUCGGUCCCAGGCGAUCACUCCUCAUCCAGUUCUGACCGUGAUGAAGAGGAUGAGGAGGAUGAGGAAGCAGGUGGAGACAGCUCAUCUACAACCACAGGCAGCGCAUCUCCAGUUCCCAACAGUUACGAGUCUCUGGAGGGUGGCAGUUACCCAGAUCUCCCGGCUCCUCCCACUGCUGCCAAACAGGCUCCGCCCUUUGGCUACAAUUAUCCAACCGUGCAUCCUCCUUACCAGCAAAAUACCACCCCCAGAACGGACCCCUCCCCCUCUCAUGGCUCGUACAACCAACCGGGGUAUCAGCCGUACUCACAGCCUUUCCCAUCUCUGUCUGAGCUGUCGUCGGCGUUAGGGGGUCUCAGCGGCGCUCCUGAGCUGGAAGUGGAGGCCCUGAGGCCUGUGAAUCUACUUCAGGAGAGGAACAUACUUCCUCCAAAACGCACACCUCCACCUGAGCCCAACCUGAGCAGUGAUCUCCGCAAGGUCAACUGCAGUCCAGACACAUUUUGCUGUACUCUCACUAACAUUCCCCAGACUCAAGCUCUGUUGAAUAAAGCCCGUCUCCCUCUUGGACUACUGCUGCAUCCCUUUAGAGAUCUAACGCAAUUACCGGUCAUCACCUCAAACACUAUAGUUCGCUGUCGCUCAUGUCGGACAUACAUAAACCCUUUCGUGUCGUUUCUGGAUCAGCGCAGAUGGAAGUGUAAUCUGUGUUACAGAGUCAAUGAUGUUCCUGAGGAGUUCAUGUAUAAUCCUGUUACCCGUUCAUACGGUGAACCUCACAAGAGACCAGAGGUGCAGAAUUCCACCGUAGAGUUCAUUGCCUCCUCGGAUUAUAUGCUGCGGCCUCCUCAGCCUGCUGUGUACCUGUUUGUGUUGGAUGUAUCCCAUAAUGCAGUGGAGUCAGGCUACCUGAAUGUCUUCUGUCAGUCAUUACUAGACAACCUAGAGAAAUUGCCGGGGGAUACGCGUACACGAGUUGGGUUUUUGACAUUUGACAGCACCGUCCACUUUUACAACCUGCAGGAGGGUCUGUCUCAGCCUCAGAUGCUGGUGGUCUCUGAUAUUGACGAUAUUUUCAUCCCAACACAUGACAGUCUGCUGGUGAACCUCAAAGAGAGUAAAGAGCUGGUGAAGGAUCUCUUAAACUCUCUGCCGGGGAUGUUUACACACUCGCGUGAGACUCAGAGCGCACUGGGUCCGGCUCUACAGGCCGCCUAUAAACUCAUGUCCCCGACAGGAGGCAGAGUGUCCGUGUUUCAGACGCAGCUGCCCACAGUCGGUGCCGGACUCCUGCAGUCACGUGAAGACCCCAGUCUCAGGUCCAGCACUAAGAAUGUCCAACACUUGGGUCCUGCUACAGACUUCUAUAAGAAACUUGCAUUGGAUUGUUCUGGUCAGCAGAUCGGAGUGGAUUUAUUCUUACUAAGCGCUCAGUAUUCAGACCUGGCUUCUUUAGCGUGCGUUUCCAAAUAUUCAGCCGGCAGCAUUUUCUACUUCCCGGCCUUCCAUCACAUUCACAAUCCUGCACAGAAACAGAAAUUCCAGAAAGAUCUCCAGCGCUACCUCACCAGAAAGAUCGGAUUUGAAGCUGUCAUGCGGAUUAGGUGCACCAAAGGUUUGUCCAUCCACACUUUCCAUGGGAACUUCUUUGUGCGCUCCACUGAUUUGCUGUCCCUGGCCAAUGUGAAUCCAGACUCUGGUUUUGCUGUACAGAUGUCUAUCGAGGAGAGUUUAGCAGACACGUCGCUUGUGUGUUUUCAGGCGGCUCUUCUUUAUACAUCCAGCAAAGGUAAACGACGAAUCAGAGUACACACGCUAUGUCUGCCUGUGGUCAGUCAGUUGAGUGACGUGUUUGCUGGUGCAGAUAUCCGGGCGAUCACAUGCCUGCUGGCCAACAUGGCUAUUGAUCGCUCUAUCUCCUCCAGUUUAUGUGAUGCGAGAGACGCAUUAGUAAAUGCCGUGGUGGAUUGUUUAUCAGCGUAUCGUGCUAACGGCUCAAACAUUCAGCCCUCUGGACUGAUCGCACCUGCUGCCCUACGUCUCUUCCCUCUAUAUGUGCUGGCUCUGCUUAAACAGAAAGCCCUGCGCACCGGUACCAGCACCCGUCUGGAUGAACGGGUGUUCGCCAUGUGUGAGUUUAAGAGUCAACCGCUAAAUCAGAUCAUGCGCAUGGUUUAUCCUGACUUGUACAGAAUCGACAACAUGACUGAACAGGGGGCGCUGAACGUGAAUGAUUCUGUGAUUCCUCAGCCACCGUUACUGCAGCUCACGGCCGAGAAGCUCACUAGAGAGGGAGCGUUUCUCAUGGACUGUGGCAAUGUGAUGUAUUUGUGGGUGGGCAAAUGUUGUAAUGAGAUGUUUGUACGUGAUGUCCUGGGCUACCCCGACUACGCAUCCAUACCCUCCAACAUGACACAAAUUCCAGAUUUGCAGACGGUGUAUUCAGAGAGGACUCGAGCGUUCGUUUCUUGGCUCCUGGAGUCUAGAAGCUUCCAUCCUGCUUUUUAUGUCAUCAAGGAUGACGAGUCUAUCAAGAGGAGUUUUUUCCAGCAUAUGGUAGAGGAUCGCACUGAAUCGGCAUUCUCUUAUUAUGAGUUCUUGCUCCACGUUCAGCAGCAGAUGUCCAAGUAGAACCGGAGAACCCACAGGAUUAUGUCUGGCGUCUGUUUCACGGCCCAACUUGGAUUGGACCGCAGAGAGGCAUGAGAUACCCCACUGGCCAAUCACAACCCGUGGUUCCUGUAUGUGCGUGUGUGGGGAGCUUGCUUAAAGACAAUUUAGUAUAUAAGAUGUUAAGUGAACGAAUGAAUAUAUGACUGUUACAACAACAAAGUUGUAAUGCGGCGGACAAAGAAUAGCAGUAGAGCGGAUUGCACAUAGAGACACAGUGAACAAGCUGUCAGUCAUUUCUGUGUUCAUUGUUAAUCACUGGAGUCAGACACAGUGGAUUUUAAAGUCACUGAAUAAUGUUUUUCCUAUUGCAUUACUUUUGCUCUUUACAUUUCACAUUGUGUUGUCGUAUUUGUUUCAUCUGUAGAAUCACAGUGAGUGUAUAUUUGUAGCUUUUUAAUACAUUCACAUUUAAUACACUCAGAGCUCCAUGAUGCUUUUUGAUUUCACCAUCACGUCCGCUUGCUUUUUUCAUGUUUUCAGUUUCUCCCAUUUGCUUUUGUCCUUUUCCUUCCCUCUUGUCCUUUUCAUUUCCUGAUCUUUAAUGUGAGUUGUAAAACGUUGUCUGUUGCAGUGGUGCAUCUGUUUUGCAUCAUUUCAACAUUGGCUCCUCAUAUUUUCUCUUCUGUUGUCUCAACUGCUCCAAACUGUUGUUUAAUGAAGCUAUGAUGUUCCUCGCUGACAGCUCGAUGUUUUCUUUGAAAGAACAAAUCAGGCCAACAGAUGUCGCUAUCCACUUUGUAACCCUCAACGAAAUAUUUUAAUGUGCUAUAAUUUAUGACAAGCUUAUUGAAUUAAAUGAAAUAAUUCUUG